UUAGACGCUAGCGAGAUGCGCCGCGGGCGCUGCGCCAGUAGUGGCAGCUUUUUUAAAUAUAUAGUUGGCUGUAUGGAUUACGUUCCCUUUGCCUAUCGUGUACGGAAAAAAUUAAAAAAAUACCAGAUAAGUGGUAAAGGAGAGCGAUUACUAUAACUAAACGGUCGAUAAAAUCGAAAGAUAAGAUGAAACUUAGUUACCAAUGACUUCGCAUACACAUGUAGUUUUUACACAGCAACAAUGCGUCGGGUCACUAAAAGACUCUCUUUUCUAUUUUGUGGCAUUAUUUUUAUUGUGUUUUACUGCGAAUUUCUUAUUUACUAUGUCGUUAUAGCACAGUGUUACUGGCCACCCUUAACAGUGUCUAAAAGUGGAGCAGAUGUGUUGAAAGUGUUUAUGUUGACUGAUAUCCACCUGUUAGGGCCUAGGGGAAACAAGUUUGACAAAAUGAGAAGGGAAUGGCAGAUGCACAGGGCUUUUCAGACCAUUUUAACAGUCCACCAACCUGAUGUUGUGUUUAUAUUAGGCGAUAUUUUCGAUGCGGGACAACGGGUGAAUGAAAACCAAUUUAAUAAUUACGUAGACAGUUUUCACGGGAAGUUUUCAGUGCCAAAUCACAUAAGAAUGUAUAUCGUGGCGGGAAACCACGAUAUUGGAUUUCAUAAUGAAAUGUCUCCUAAACGUGUUCAUCAGUUUUAUGAAAAAUUAAACAGCAAAUCAGUACGGUUCGUCACGCUGAAAAAUAAUCACUUUGUCUUCAUUAAUUCCAUGACUAUGGAGGGCGAUAAUUGUGCUUUUUGUAAGAGAGCCAGAGAACGCAUUGAGGAAAUUUCUGAAGAGUUGAAUUGUUCUCGUAGUCCUACUCAGUGUGAGAAUGUGAACAAGACUGAAAUCAUUUAUAGUCAACCCAUACUUAUACAGCAUUUUCCUAUGUCCAGGAUAUCGGACGCCGUGUGUACGGAACCGGACUCAGUGCCGUGGUAUGAGAAAGAUAUUCCGUUUACACCGAAAAUAGAGGCGUUGUCGAGAGAAGCUACCGACUAUCUCGCGAUGAAAAUCCGACCCCGAACUGUGUUCGGCGGUCACACGCACUACGGGUGCACUCAACGACAUGUAUAUGACAAUGACACCAUAGACUUUUUAGAGUACACCAUCCCAUCGUUCAACUGGAGAAAUAUAUUCACUCCUAAGUACAUGCUGGUAUCAGUUACACCGGGGGAGUACGCAAUAAACAAGUGUGGCUUGCCCGGGGAACACACUAUAGUGAUAUCUGCUGUGAUUAUACUCCUGGUUACUCUAUAUGUGGUCAGGAAACGGGUAUAGAAAAAAAAACUUUUAUAUUUUAAUCCCAUUAUUAUAUUUUGCAAUAAAUAUUUUUGACAAGA